GGGUGCCUGGGUGGCUCAGUUGGUUACAUUACUUUGGCUCAGGUCACAAUCUUGCGGUUUGUGGGUUCGAGCCCUGCAUCAGGGCUCUUUGCUGACAGCUUGGGGCCUGGAGCAUGCUUCAGAUUGUGUCUCCCUCUCUCUGCCCAUCCCCCACUUGUGCUCUGUCUGUGUCAAAAAUAAACGUUAAAAAAAUUAAAAUAAAUAAAGUAUAGGGGCUCCUGGGUGGCUCAGUCAUUUGAGUAUCCGACUUCAGCUCAGGUCAUGAUCUCACAGUUUUGUGAGUUCAAGCCCUGCAUCGGGCUCUCUGCCCCUCCCCCGCUCUUGCUUUCAAAAUAAAUAAACAUUUAAGAAUAUAAAUAAAUAAGAAUUUUAUAAAACAAGGGCACCUGGCUGGCUCAGUCAGAGGAACAUGUGACUCUUAAUCUCGGGGUUGUUACUUCUAGCCCCACAUUGGGUAUAGAGAUUACUUAAAAAUAAAAUCAUAUUUUUAAUUUAUUUUUUUAAAUUGUUUUUAAAUGUUUAUCUUAAAGAGACAGUGUGUGAACAGGAGAGGGGAAGAGAGAGAGGGAGACAGAAUCCAAAGCAGGCUCAACGCUCCAAGCUGUCAACACAGAGCCUGACAGGGCUCGAACUCAUGAACUGUAAGAUAAUGACCCGAGCCAAAGUUGGAUGCUUAACUGACUGAGCCAUCCAGGCGCCUCAGAAGUAAAAUAUUAACAUAUAUGUAUAUGAAAAAAAAAUUAAUAGAACUAGAAAGUGAAAGAGACAAAUCCAUUUUCCUAAGUAGACAUGUUAACAUUCCUCUCUCAGUAAUUUUUGGAACAAGCUGACAAAUCAGAAAGGAUAUUAAUGAUUUAGAUAACGUGAUUAAACAACUUGACUUAAUGGCAUACAUAAAACACUACGCUCAACUGCAUAAGCUACCAGGUUUCCAAAGUGCACAUGGAACACAAUAUAAAUCUGGAAAAAAAAAUAACUGCAAACUUUUUCAUUGUUUAUUUUUAAUUUAAACUAUAUCUGAAACUAAGACGCAAAGGAAAGACCCUUACAGUUCUUCUGUAGGAAUACUUAUGCUUAAGUAGGAAACACUGAAUGAUGUUAGGAUUUUCUACUUUGUUUUUCUUCAACAAAGAAUAGGUUACAUACAGAGCAGGUCUGCCUGUCUCUUUGAACAUGCAUACCAUUUCCAGAUAAUAAUCUGGGAUUGGGUUUAACAAACCUGGCUGAACAUAGGAAUCACCUGUGAAGAUUUUUUAAAAAUAGAUUUCUGGGUUCCACCACCUGGAGAUUCUGUAUUUUGAAAAGGUAACUGGGCUGAUACCAAGUAUUGAAUGGAUUUAGAAGUUACUGUAAUGAUGCUGUACUUGUCAUAUGGAGGGGAGGAGUGUGGAGAAUAUAAGAAUAUAUGAAAAUGUUAUAAGAAUGAAUGAAUUUGGGAUAAUAAUUAGGUCAGGGCUGGGUGGUUCAGUGGCUGAACCCCCCCACUGCAUAAGGCAAGAGGCAUAUAUGCUUCUAAAAGUUUUAUAAACAUGAAAAGCAAGCACAUUUGUAUAAAAUAUCAAAGAAAAAGAGCUGUUCUCUCUCAUUUUGUAAUUUAUUUUUUUCUUUGAAAAAAGAAAAUUUAAUGUUUAUUUAUUUUGAGAGCUAGUACAAGCAGGGGAGGGGCAGAGAGAGAGGGAGAGAGAAUCCCAAGCAGGCCCAAUGCAGGGCUCAAACUCAUGAACCAUGAGAUCAUGACCUGAGCUGAAAUCAAGAGUCAGACACUUAACCAACUGAUCCAACCAGGUGCCCCUUUCUCUGCUGUUCAUAUUCAGUGACCAUAUUCGGUAACUUUCUUUACACAAAGAAAGAGGAGGGCUAUUCUUAGCAGUAGAUGUGAUGGCAGACAUAUUUGUUUUUAUUAUAGCUAUUGGUAUUUUCCACACACACUGUACUUUUGAAUAUAAACUGAACUUGUCUUGAGUUCAUAUGGCCAGCAGAGACGAAUAUGUUUGAAGAUAUCCUGAUUUUACUGUUUUGAAUAUAUAAGAGAAAGGGGACACAUAAAUCCAUUGUAUAUAAGGAAGAAUUCAAAGGGAUGAACUAAGUUCUACCUCUGAAAAUGGUUAGACACCUGGCAAGAUAGACAGUAAGCCAGAUUGGCUGUUUCAUUCAAGGACUUGUCUGUGAAUCCACUCUCACCUAAAAUUCCUGAAGGUUUCUGGCUGCUUUUCCUUGUAAAAAAUAGCACCUAGCACUCAUGUCUUCUUUCAUAUUGUUAGUUGUUUUGUUUUUUGAGUUUUUAUAUUAUCUUCCUUAGUGCUUUUAAUCAAACAAGCAUUUUCCUGUGUGUCAUUUGGAGCUGAGUGAAGUUCAUUCAGUAGGUGGGUCAGCAGGACAUUUCAAGUUUCAGUCUCUCCUUGCCUCUAGCAAGUAAGGAGACUAUGGACAGCUUAUGGUACUUAGCUCCAUUUCUGAAAGUGUUAUCAUUAACAUAUGUUAAAUAUUAUAUUGUAUGGUAUAUCUGAAAUGUCUUGAGGUCUCAUUGACAUCUCAUGAUUGGGAGAAUACGGUCUUAAAGCAUUGGCUCUUCAAAGCAACACCACGUGGGGUGCCUGGGUGUCUCAGUCAGUUAAGCAUCCGGCUUUGGCUCGAGUCACGAUCUCGCAGUUCGUGGGUUUGAAUCCCACGUUGGGCUCUGUGCUGAUAGUUCAGAGCCUGGAGCCUGCUUCGGAUUCUGUAUCUACCUCUUUCUCUGCACCUUUCCCACUCAUGCUCUGUCUCUCGCCCUGUCACUCUCUCAAAAAAAAACAUUAAAGAAGCAACACUAGAGGCGCCUGGGUGGCUCAGUUGAUUAAGCGUCCCACUUUGGCUCAGGUCAUGAUGUCACCAUUCGUGGGUUUGAGUCCCGCAUCGGGCUCUGUGCUGACAGCUCAGAGCCUGAAGCCUGCUUCAGAUUCUGUGUCUCCCUCUCUCUCUCUGCCCCUCCCCCGCUCACACUCUCAGAAAUAAAUAAGCACUUUUAUAAAAUAAAAAAUAAGCAAGCAAGCAACACAUGUAUUUGCCCAUGUGCCACCUCUGGGGCUCCAUCCCAGGCACCACUGGGGGAAUUUCUGUCACAGGAGAUGUUCUGAUGUCCGUGGCAAGUAAACUUAUAAAAAUAUGGUCCAGCAUUAGAACAAUGAGAUUCUCUUGCAUAUCAUGGAAGUAAUUAAAGUAGUAGAGACUCAGGAUGUGUUCGAGUAAAUCCUGUACCUGAAGAAAAGAGGCUCUGUCCUCUCCUCUCAAUCUGUUGCACUUCAGUAACCAGGACCCUGUUUUGCCUGUCAUCAAUACACAGUCAAGUAAUGCAUCUAGCAGUCACUGCUGCACUCUAAACAUGACAAUUGUGUAAAGUCUGACUUUCAUCAGCAGGCUUCCCUAAGACUCCCGUUUAUCAACCAAAAAAGAUUGAAUUUUGCAAGUGUUUCUUAACAAAAAAUUAGUGCUUGUUGAUUAUGUAUUUUCUUUUAUGAAAAAAUAUCUACAGUAUUAAAGGAAAUAAUUUUUGAAGUGCAUAUGUUAUGCCCGUUUAUCCUCCCCAAGAAGAGCGUUAUUUGCUUCAGAUGUGAAAUUGUGUACAAUAAACAUGUUAACUUAUUACAUGUGAUAACAUACUGUGUGGUCCUUGAUGUAUUUCUGUAAAGUAAAGGUUCCACUUUAAUUUCAGGAUGGUUAUUCCACAUGACUCUUUUUUUCUUCUCCUCUAGACUUCUCCAGAGAACCCUGGGACAGUAGAAGAAGCAAGCCAGCCCACCGCAGACCCAGGCAUGGUCAUGGACAGUGUGGAAGCAGGAGACAUGACACCUCCCACCAAAAGGAAGAGCAAGUUCUCAGGCUUUGGCAAAAUCUUCAAGCCCUGGAAAUGGCGGAAAAAAAAAAGUAGUGAUAAAUUCAAAGAGACAUCAGAAGUUUUAGAGCGGAAAAUAUCUAUGCGAAAACCGAGAGAAGAGCUGGUUAAAAGAGGGGUUCUUUUGGAAGACUCUGAGCAGGGUGGUGAGGAUCCAGGGAAAUUGAGCCAUGCCAUGUUAAAGAAUGGCCAUACCACCCCCAUAGGGAGUACCACAUCUUCUAGUUCAGUCCAAGCAGAUGAAGAGUCAGGAAGAAUCACAAGUCUUAGGAAACCUGUCCCAGAAGAGUACCCAAAGAAGCGACUAGGCUCAACUGGAAGCCAGCCUAAUUCCGAAGCAGAGUCCGUUCCUGAGAAUGUACCCAAACAGCCUUUACUUCCCCCUAAAAGACCCUUGUCCUCUUCUCACGAAGCAAACGAAGGGCAAGCAAAGGAUGCCACUUCCUCUGGCGGCGCAGCAAGGUCCAUCUCCUCCACCUCCAUUGCCGCCUCCACCUCAGCACCUGCCGCCGCCACUCCUGCCACCAACCCAGCAAAAACUGUUAGUUCCUCUGUCCCCCCCUCCCCAGCGCCCAGGACUCUGCCUGCCACUCCUGCCAGCACUAACACUACUGCCACCCCGAGCCUCACUCAUACGGUCCCUGCCAAGCAGCCCCCUAUCCCUCCCCCUAAACCAGCUCACAGAAAUAGCAACCCUGUCAUUGCUGAACUGUCCCAGGCAAUAAACAGCGGUACAUUGUUAUCAAAACCAUCCCCACCUUUACCACCAAAGAGAGGCAUUCCGUCAGCCUUGGUACCCACCUUGGAGUCUCCUGCCACCGCCACCGCCACAAAAGCACCAUCUGAUCAGAGAGAAAAGAGCACAUGCUCUGUGGGCUCUGAACCACUGUUGAUGAUCCCACCUCUCUCUCCGUCCCCACCGCUGCCUACUCAUACACCUCCUGAACCCCCACGGUCCCCUCCAUUCCCUGCUAAGACUUUUCAAGUUGUGCCAGAAAUUGAGUUACCACCGUCCUUAGACCUACCCCAGGAGGUUUCCCAGCAAGAAGAUCAGAAAAAGGAAGUGCCUAAGAGAAUGUUGGACCACAGCUUUGGAGAGCCCCAUGUACCCUGUAGGCUGCCUCCACUCCCACUGCAUAUCCGAAUCCAGCAGGCCCUGACCAGCCCGCUUCCCAUGACUCCUCCCUUGGAAGGCUCUCACAGAGCUCACUCCUUGCUCUUUGAGUACAGUGACAACUUUUCUGAGGACAGCAGCACCCUAGGUCGGACCAGGUCACUUCCCAUCACUAUUGAAAUGCUGAAAGUUCCAGACGAUGAAGAGGAGGAGGAGCAGACCCCCCCAUCUGCAUUCACUGAAGAUGUGGCAUCUACCUCAGUUGUUCCCAAACUGCCACGGUGUCUGCAGGAAGAGGAGGAAGAGAAGGAGAGUGACUCUGAUUCAGAAGGUCCCAUUCAGUACCGAGAUGAAGAGGAUGAAGAGGAGAGCCAUCAUAGUGCUCUGGCCAACAAAGUGAAGAGGAAGGACACACUGGCAAUGAAGCUGAACCACAGACCCAGUGAACCAGAGCUGAACAUGAAUUCCUGGCCUCGGAAAAGCAAAGAGGAGUGGAAUGAAAUACGGCACCAGAUUGGGAACACACUGAUCCGACGACUGAGUCAAAGACCGACAGCAGAAGAACUAGAACAGCGGAAUAUACUACAACCUAAAAAUGAAGCUGAUCGGCAGGCAGAAAAACGAGAGAUUAAACGUCGUCUUACUAGAAAGCUCAGUCAGAGGCCGACUGUGGCUGAACUACUUGCCAGGAAGAUUCUGAGAUUUAAUGAAUAUGUGGAGGUAACAGAUGCUCAAGAUUAUGACCGGCGAGCCGACAAACCUUGGACCAAACUGACCCCUGCUGACAAGGCUGCCAUAAGAAAAGAAUUAAAUGAAUUUAAAAGCUCAGAGAUGGAGGUUCAUGAAGAGAGCAAACAUUUUACACGCUACCAUCGUCCAUGAUGCUGAAGUCUGAGAGAGGAGCUAAACAGCCCCCCAAAACAAGGCUGCUUGGCUGCUCCGGUCUCCAGAGUGAUGUGGAAGGAACUUCUGCACUUCGCAGCACAGCCAGGACUGAGUCCUCGGGGAUGUAGCUCUGGGGCGAACAGCACUUCUCUGAAUGUAGCAUUUCACUGGAAUGGGUGGUCAUGUGCUGCUUUGGGCAAAACUGAACACUUCAUCCGUGCUUUUGAACCUUUUAACAUUGCAUCAUACUUGAGGGGUCUGCCUCAGCACCCACCCACGCUCUGGGCCCCUUGCCGGUUCCGAGUGUUAGUGGCCACCCACACCGUCGCCCCAAGAUGACGCCUGUGCUGGGGCACAGUUCGCACCAUUCGCCUUACCUGCCCUGUCCUGGUCGUGGGUGCCCCUUGUGUGGCCCCAGCCAUCAAAUCCAAUUGGUGGUGGGAAAAACCUUCUGGAGGCCCCCAGCCUUCUGGCAGAGGGGCCCCCACCUCCCGGGGACACCUCCACACCACAUCGGAACGUCAGUGGAAAGCAGCGUACUAUACCUCUUGUCACACAGCAAUAAAGUCCUCUUCGGGCAGCGCGGCCUGAGGGGAGCUCAGAAUCUGACAUGUUCUGUCAUCCUGAUUUUUAUUUUUUAAAUUAAAAAAAAAAAAAAUGAUCUUGAAGAAGUGCUGGAAACUUGUGUUUUUCCUGCCUAUUAAACAAUCUGAGCUGCAAUUAGAUUCCAAGUUAAGACAGUGAGAAAGCAUCUAUGUUUUCUGUAUACAAAAACAAAACCAAAAAAGGCCUCUCUGUUAAUGGCAUUUUGGCACAAAACUAACUCAUGGCUUAAAUUUUAUAAGCUGUUGUACAUUUGUCGCACCAAAUGAUAUUCUGAAUCAUUCUGACCAAUAGAUGUGUUCUCCUCCGGAAAACAGAGUUGUGGCAACUCUGUGGGAGUCAGCCGCCUGCUGUGGGCCCCCACGCUUCCAGCCGGAGUCACUGCAAGGUCCUAGGGAAGUGGGGUGCGGACCAGAAGAGGACUUUGGAGGCGGAAGUAGGAGGAGCACAGUCAGGACCCACUGUUCCUCCCUCCUGCUCAGUGCUGUUUGCCCUUCCCUGCUGUACUCACCCUCUCCCCUCCAGGUACCCGUCCCCCUGCUGAGCCUCUCUGGCUCCUUCCACCUCACAUACCCCUCCUCUGCCAAGCAGGAGCCAGUGUCGUUGGUGCCUGGGCCUUGGCUCGGCCCCCACCCCUUUUUGUAUUUGUAAUGUAUAUUAAUAUGAAAUGUUCCUAAAACAGAAAACUUAUUUGCUUUCUUUUUUAUUUGGAAAACCAUACUGCCUCACCAUUUCCCUCUAAUUCCUAUCCAGACUAAGCGGAAGAAAAAAAUUUGUUCCUAUUUAACUGAUGAACGUGGCCUUUUUCUCUUAAUGUUCAGAAAAUUGUGGCUGUUUCGCCGAUUUCUUCUGCAGUCCCUGUUGUAAUUGUUCACUAGAUUCUUACUCGUUUUCUCCUAAUAUGUCCAUAUAAGAUUUGCUGAACAGUGAGAACCCAUGAGGUCAAAACAAAAGAGCUGAGGUGACCUUAAAAAGGUAGUGUCUUCUCUCUGUAUGGGGAAUCGGGAAGCAUUCCGAUUACUCGGUUACUGCCCGAUGCUUUGCGGCUAUGGAGCUAGAGAGGGUCCACAGCUCCUUGAAGCUCAUUACAAUUUGGUAUGACUGCAGGAAGAGGAGUGACACUUGUACACUGUUGUGAGAGGUCUGAAUAUAAGGCGGUCACACACAUGACUUCUUCGAACCUCUCUGUUGCUUUGGAGACUGACUUAUGCUAGCAUUCUCUGUGGUUACGGUGACAUUUCCAAACCCUUCUGCUGCUGCCUCGCUUUCCCUGAAUGUGCCAAGUGUGAAACAGAAUUGGAUUUCCUGAGCUACUUGUCUGCUUUCUGUGUGCCACAAAGGACUGUGGUUCAUCUUUCAUCUCAUUCACGUUCUUUUGAAACAAGAUACUUUGGGGGUCAAGUCCUUUCAGGUGUUUAUAUAUAUAUAUAUAUAUAUAAUGGAUUUUGUGUUCCCUUUUUAUGUAAGUAACAAUUCGUAAUCAUAAUGUAAAAAAGAAAAGUCUGAUGUAUUGUACUUUAAGAUGCUUCCCUGAUGUACAGAAUCUCCUUGUAAAGUAAGUAAUUGCGUUGUAUAUCAGUCUUCCUAUCAAUAUUAAUUAUAAAGUAUUUUAGAAUUAAAAAAAGACAAAGUAUACUA